AUGUUCACGUGCAACGGCCAGUCCCCUUGCCCUACGCUAUAUGCUGAGGAAGGGGAUAUUAUCGACUUGAGUGCAAAGAGUGACAUAUAUGCUCAAUCGUCAAUCCAUAUGACUCUUGGACCUUGGAACGAUGGAACUGCAGGUCUCUCUCAAUUCCCAACCCUCCCGCGAAGUAACUGGUCUACCGCCUAUGAUACAUCAGGUGCAUGGGGGCUGAACUGGUUCAUUGACCACACUACCACAGCAUCGGCCGAUGGUCGUGUGCACUGUCGUCAACCUGGAUAUGAUUACAUCAAUGGCCAUGCACUAGAUCAGAAGGGAUGCAUCCAACCUCCUGGGUUGCCUGAUGAGACUUGUACACCAAGCGAAGCGGACUAUGAGGUCAUUGAAACUCAAGGUCAGAAGUAUCUCAUGUUGAAUCUCAUCAACUUGGGCUUCGAGCAUUCUGUCAAAGUCUCUAUCGACCACCACAAGAUGACUUUAGUGGCCAACAACGGUGGCUUUGUCUUUCCAGAAUCGUCAGAUGUUGUGUACAUCCCAGAUCCCAGUCGUGUGACAGUGUUGGUACAUCUAGAUGCUGAACCAGAUGAUUACGCCAUCCGCAUAUCUUCAACCAGUGAACUCCAGAACCUUCAUGGCUAUGCCAUCUUGAGAUAUCGGUUUGUUCCUCCGUAUCCUGAAAAUCCUCCACUAUCAGUCACCAAACAUCGACCAGCACAGGCCGACUUGACUUUCAGAUUAACAGCAGACUCCCAGUCAUCAAAAACUGAGCGUGCACCAGAGUAUUUUCUCAAUGGCAAGCCAUGGCAACUCUUCCACGGCUCAAUGUUGCCUCUUCUUUUUCACGCUGCGAAUGAAACGUUGGAAAAGCCUGUCAUCAGUAACCUGCCUCUAGGCUCGGUGGUGGAUCUCAUAAUUGAGAAUCGUAUCAACGAAACGAUAUCAUUCUACAAGCACGGUGAACCCUCAUGGCUUCUUGGUUCUGGUGCGAACGAGAGAUUCCCUGGAGAGACUGUGGAAGACGUAAUGCAGAGACCAGCGCUGGGUUGGAGUGUUUUGAGAUUCAAGGUGACGUCCCAGACAGCAACGAUGCUACAUGCUGCGAAGCUGAGAUACUUUGCUUUGGGAAUGACAGUGCCUAUCCUGGAGGGAAUUACAGUGGACACGCCACUGAAAGUUCCCGAAUCGGUCGUUGACAGGCCCCAUGUCGACUUUAAGCCCGCCCACGAUGGUAUUUUUGGAUGA